GCGCUAUUGCAUGGGGUUAAGUCAACGCCGAUGUACAAAGCAGGCAUGCUAGAUAACGUAACUGUUGCAAAUAAAAUAGUUCAUCAGUCGGUCGGUGGAAGCAUAGCGACCGCUUUGAGGGACCAUCGUCAGUCAUGCGUAAUGCCGAUACAACCGAAUCGUUCAUUGCCAGUCCAUCCCGCGCCUCACCACACGCAUUGCCGCAGCAAUAACAACAUCGUCAAAACUCCCUCGUCGUUCGUGCGAACCGCCGGCGGGUUCGUAAGUUCGAGCGCUCCUUCGUCGUUGUCGUCGGAACGGGAAGGGAUUUUUCUCGGGAGAGAAGAAGCAUCGUUCCUGGCGAAGAAAGAGGAAGAGAAAAAAUGUUCGGAGUCGUUAAAGCAGAGCAAAGAUUCCUCGAUUUUCGAAUCGAGAGACGAAAAUAAAUUGGGGGAGGAGCAGCAGCAGCAGCAACAGCAGAGAAACAGUGCGAGAAUCGAGGAAAUCGAAAAUGGACUUAUCGAAGGUUUGAAUGAUUUGUCAAGAAAACGCGCGCAUAACGACUGGAGAAAAAAGAUCAUGUGGAAUCGUGAAAAUCGUAUGGAAAACGAUCUCAUUGACAUUACUCGAAGCCCCGAAAGAAUCGUCGACCUCUCCAGUGACCUUCAAAGCGACGAACCCAGCUUUUUCUCCAAACACACCGACAGCCCAUCCUCCGGUUGUUACUUCGAAGAUGUUGCUCUGAAACAUAAGAAAAAACGUCGACGGAGAACGAAAAAGCACUCGAGCGAAUCGACUACCGACGAUUUUCACCUCCUUCAAAAUCGUUCUUCGAAAACCGUGCCACCGUUGAGAUUGAAAAAAAUUCAAAAUCUUCGCGAUCUUCGAACCUCCAUCUGUCAACAACCUAACGAAAUCAUCGAUUCUCAAUUUCGAUUCGACGAUACGACAAUCGUUUUUCAAAACAACCAAAACUUUCGGGAUAUUCGAAACUUGGAAAAUCCUGGCAAAUAUAGAAUCGUCACUGGACACACACCGCCCUACGACGAACCCACCGAAUCCUCUCAUGUCGUCUCACAAUCGGAUAUUCAUACUUUGGAUGCUGCUAAAUUAAAAUACAAAAGAAGUAAACUCGUGCUUAAACUUGAACAAUUGAAGGGUAAAACUAUCGAACUUGGCAACGAAAUGCUCAGGACUGUUCUCUCCUCAUCGAAUGGACCGCACACGAAAAAAGAACUGCAAAUUCGCCAGAAAUUGAAUCGGUACAAAACGCAGAUAGGAAAUUUGGAAAAAUUAUUAUCAGAGUUACCGGAAGUAGCGUCGGACUCCGAGGAAAGGGGAGAGAUCGAGCGUCAUCCCGACUUAUUAGCGGGGAGGCAAACCGAGGAUUUGAAUAACGUGUGCACAUCGACGAGACUUGGUUGCAGUUCGAAUUCGUCGUCGCGUCGGUCUUCGCCGUCGUUGGAGCCGCCAAAAUUGUCGCCAAAAUUUCCAACGUAUUACGAGUCUUCGAGAUCGCCGAGCGAACUGCGCAACAGUCCGCCAAUUUUGCCGCCUGCUUAUGUCACGUUAACGGAUUGCACAGACGACUCUUGUGACGGAAGAAACAUAUCGAUUCAUCGGGAGGGGGGCGACGGCUCGAGGCAAAGAAGCACUUCGGAGUCGAGGAAAAACUGUAAAAAUUCCAUUUCUCCGAGUCCGAAACCGGAAGUCAUCACUGAGGAGAUAAUGGAAAAUCACGUUGAAGAAAUUCUUGAUUUGAACGACGAUAAAAUCAUUUCUGAAUCAAAUUUCGCCUCGAGUACGUGUUUGGAUGAAAAUAACAUAGAAGAUUUAUUGUCAAACAGUUCGAUGGACGUGAUGGAAAUAUACGAGGAUUGUGCGAUCGAAACUAAGGAAGACCCGAUCGAAAACGUCGAAACCCUCGAGCCAGUUGUCAAACCCUCCUUCAGUCCAAUACCAAUAGAUAAAACUAGCCUCGAAGGCGAAGAAGCGAAACCGAUAGAAUUACGAAUCAUCGAUGAGAAUCUCGUCGAGUCUACCGAUACUCUUUAUGAAAAUGACACCAGCGAGGAAGAAACGAAGGAAAAGUGCGUUAAAGACGUUCCGACUGGGGAAGUUGUCAACGAAACCAGCCUCAACGCUAUACCUAUUUGUGAGAAGUUUCCAACCCUCGCCAAUUGGAUUGCGACGUGGUCGAAAAAACAGAUCGUCGACGAUGAAGCAAAGCUACCGAAAGUUCCAGUCGUCGUUGAACAACCCAGUGCUUUUCAAGUGAUUAACUCUGAGCCGGUAAAAACAACAGAUCAGAACGUCCAACAAAAGUCUCCUCGAGACUUAGUCACCGACAAUCUGAUAAAUGAACGAUGGAGAAAUGAAUCGUGGCAGGAACCAUUGCUUCAACGACAUCAACAACAGCAGCAGCAACAGCAGCAGCAACAGCAGCCUCUCUUGCAAGCUUAUAGUUCCCCGAAUGCGCCCUUGUCUCGUCCUCAGCCGCCGCCUCCGCCACCGCCCCCGCUCACCCAAGAAGUUUGUUCACCAAUCGCCAUGGCAGGAUUUUAUGCCAGAAAUUAUCUCGAUCACUACAGCAUGGCCUACAGUUACAAUCCAACAAUAGCAGCAGCCGCAUCGUUGUGGAACAGUGCAGCGAUAUUGCAGUAUCCAUUGAUGCGUCCAGCAACGUCAGCAGCGCUUUUGAAUUCGACAGAACCGUCGAGAAUAACCUCAGGAAAUGUUCAGUUCCCGGGUAAUAACGGUGGAAUAGCUCAACGCGGUUCUUAUCGAGUCGGGAUACAUAAUCAGAACGAAGCAAAGCGGCUGAAGCUGGACGGUAAUACAUUGAGCUACGUCCACCGGGACACCGGAAUUAAACUGCACGGGAAUGUAAUUUCGAGUUCGAUGGAAUCGUUGAAAAGAGGUUCCGAGUUUCAGCACGCGACAGGACAACCGAGAAUAUCGAUGAAUGUGGGAAAUCACGAAGUUACUAACUACAGAAAUUCUUUGCCCCAACCUCAAGAGCAAUUUGGGCGUGCAACUACUUACGGAGAUUCCCGACUUCCGGUAUCGAGCGCUGCUUGGCGAACGGGACAUUUGCUUGGUCCGAUCGCUCCUCAAUAUAAUUACGCAAUGCUCAACGGUUGGCCCACGAACAAUUCCUCCAAUAUGUUGAAUCCACGAAGCUCAAACUCAGUUCCCUCCUUUGCUCCACCCGCGAACGUCUUGUCCUCGAAUUCGCCCCGAGCCCGCAUCCCCAAAGUUACUGCAGAUUCGAAUUUUCGUAAUUGUGCGACUCCUAACCUUGGCAAAGUUCGAUCCAGUCCUAGCAGCACUGGAAAUUUAGAGUGCUCCAAUUGCGGACGCGCCGGACCAAUGUUCAAAUGCCUCGGAUGCGAAGUCGCCUUUUACUGCGACAAAAACUGUCAAGCUUGCCAUUGGAGCCGCCACGUUAAAAGUUGCCCCAAAAAAAUGCCCGAGCUCAAAAAAGUCGUUCAUUGAAUGUGUCAAUUGCAUAUCGUUGAUGUCAUUUUUUUUUUUUUUUUUUUUUAAUUCUCGUCGUUCCCCAUCAUCAUCCCACCAUUAACGUUAUUUAUUGUCGACAUCAUUAAUUUGUUGUGCUAUACAAUCCGUCUGCUAAAUGUCAUCGAUAUUUUUAUAUGUUAACAAGUAUAAAACACCGGGAAA